AUGGGGUGCCAAGGGUCGUCCGAGCGCUACGCAGUGCACACCAAGGCGGAUGGCAGCCUCGUUCUCUCAAGAGACCACCGACGACUGCUGCUCAAGUACGCGCCUCACUUUAUCGCGACCCGCAUGCCCACGGACAAGGACGAAGCGCUCAUGAGCCAGAGCUGGGACGACGUCAUUGGCCGCCGACUCCGCGGCGAGAUGCAACACCGGCAAAAGCAGCAACAACAAGAGAAGCAAGAGACCGAGCCGGACGCCGAGGCCUCCAGCGCCACGUCGGCGAUCGUGCAAUUCUACGAUACAUUUUUCGGCCAACUCUACAGGCUCAACCCCGAGACCCGCGCGGUGUUUCGCAACUCGAUGCACGUCCAGAGCAAAGCGCUGGUCAAUAUCGUCGGCGCGAUUCGACACAUUUUGCACUCGGCCGAUGCGUGCGCCGACAUGACGGCGCUGGCCGUGAGCCACAUUCAAUAUGGCGUCAAGCUCGAGUACUUUGACUGCCUCGGGGUUGCGCUCGCGGCGACGCUGCGCAAAUUGGGGGGCGACCUCUGGAACGAUGACGUGGCCGACGCGUGGCACACGGUGAUUGCGUACAUCAUUUGCCUCUUGAUCCCGCCCUACUUGGAGCGCACGAAGCGGAAAAGCCGACAGCAUCUUUUGACAACACCACCAAGUGCCAAGACGACGCACCCGCUUCUGUCGUCGAGCGCAACGACGAUGCGCAUUGCUGUCGCCUACAAUGGGCCGCCGAGCUCCCUGCGUCCCGUCUCGUAAUAGAUGAUUUUC